GCGCUGAGGUGCCGCGGGGCCGUGGACGAGCCCUGUUGGAACAGGACGCCUGUGGUUUUCUAGCCACCGCUUGAGUCAUUCUCUGGCUGUAGCCCAGGCUGGCGGGAUCGCCCCGAAGGAUGUGGUUGCCUGGACUUUGCGGCUGGAUUACACCCCCCCCCGGACCUCACUGCAGUCUGCGGCCGUCGAUCCGUGGGGCUCCGAGUGCGAACCUCUUGGCUUUCGCAUGUGUGCCUGAACUGAGCACAGUUGGGCGGUGUGUGUGGGGGGAUGUGUGCACAUUUAGGCCGUGCACGUAUGAUCAGGAACGGCUUUGCAUGCGUGGCGGCAGCCUGUAUGUCAGCCUCCUGGGGUGCACGUGCGUCGCAGAGCCGCGGAGUGAGACUUGGGGACACCCGGAAGCCUGGUGUGUCGGUGGGUCACCAAGUCCAUACCGAGGCUGCCUGUGGGCCGCAGCUACUGUGGUCACGGGCCGGGCCGGGAGAGGGAAAUUUAGUGGUGACCCCUUCUCUCAAACUGGGAGGUGUGGGCCACCCCGUGUUGGGGGCCUCGGCUGGCGAAGAGUUUUUAGAAGACCGUAGUCUGUUAGAGCAGAGACAAUACUGAUGCUGCAAUCCGCCUGGGGUCGCGCUCUUCUUGGGGACUAGGAAAUGGGGAUGGACCCCUGGAGUUUGUCUCCCGGUGGGAAGGAGCAGAAGUCGUAGGUGGUUGGCCCCGUCCUGCUUCUGGCUGAGGUUAGAAGUCGAGUAAGAACUAGUAGAACUUGACAUCUCCCGGAAGGAUCGCCUGUGGUCCUACCUUCUCCUCCAAGCACCCGAGGUCACCCCGUGUCCCGGAAACAAGGCACCAUCAUUUUGGCUGCUGUCUUAAGCGGGGCGGGGCCUCCACCGAGGGAGCUUUCCUCCCCACUGGCAGGACAUAAUGUUACCUUCACACCUUUCGGAGACUCAAGCUGGCUUUUUGGAGCCCGCACUCCUACAAAGACUCCUGAGGGUCCCAGGUGGCUGGGUCUCAGGAAGUCUCCAGGGCAAAGGGCACGGGUUGGGCUGAGCCCUGGAGAGAAGGGCUCUUGAGACAGAUGGUUAGAGCAGGUCCCGAGGAGCAUUGGUGGAGGCAAGACCCGAGCCAGCCCUUAAUUAACCCAGAGCUCCCCAAGGAGAGAGUAGGCUGGGUACCCUCUGAACCAUGCAAGCCUUGUGGCAAACAUAGGCGGGUGGAUCUCUGUUGAAGGCCAGUUUGGUCUGCAUACCGAGCUUCAGGGCAGCUAGAGAUAAACGGUGAGACCCAGUCAGAAAAAAAAACAGUAAAACCAACCAUAUAAGCAUACAGCAGUGCAGGAUGGGGUCUUUCCACUUAGAUACAGGUCCCUGUCUAGAGGGCCCCUGUUGCCAUCUGCUGGGGUGGGAAUAAGCUUAGGCCAGACUACCCGUUAUGUUUUCUUGUCCCCUUGCUGAUCUAACUCUGAGCCCCAAUAGUCAUUUGGCUACUGUUGAGAAAGAAGAAAGCCGGUCCCUGUUUGCUGGUGACAGAAGCAUAUGACACUUGACCUGUGGCCUACUCACAGGAAUAUUGCUUCCAUUUGCCCUUUUCUAAGCUGCUGCUGGGAGUUUGAGGAGGUGGGGUUGCUCCCUGGAGGAAGGAGAGGAGGGCCAUUGAUAACCCCAACCGACAAGCCUCAGAUGAACCACCCGUCAGCAAGUCAAGUAGCAGCGGUUCAGGAGGGCUUGACACCUCUACAGUAAUGGCAGAGAAGCGGCCCCUGGGGCCUCUGGGGCCUGUGAUGUACGGCAAGCUGCCUCGCCUGGAGCCGGACCCCGGGUCAGGACACAGCCUGCCCCUUUCUGCUGGUAGCCAGGACUCCUGCAAUUACAAGGGUGCAUACUUCUCUUGCCCCAUAGGGGGCACUUCCAAGUCAGGAUCUGAAAGGUUGGCAUCCUGGACCCCAUACCCACCCUUGUACCCCACUGGUGUAGCAGGAUCCCCACUCCGGACUGACAACCUGUUGACAAACUGCCUGCUCUACCGCCCUCCAACAGAAGGCUCUGAAAAGAUACAAGACUCCAGCGAGCUCCUGCCCUUUGGUCCCCAGGCUCAUGCGUACCCAGGCCCACCACUGGCAGCGCCCAAGCCUGUUUACCGCAGCCCUUUGUGUUAUGGACUCUCCACUUGCCUAGGGGAUGGGGGAACCAAGAGACCAUUGGAUGUUGACUGGACCCUGGUGGCUGGGCCCCUGUUGCCCUCUGCUGACCCACCCUGUUCUCUAGCCACAGCUCCUGGCAAGGGCCAAUCCCUGGAUGGGACAUUCUUGCGUGGGCUACCAACUGGGGCACCUGGCAAAGAUUCCUCCCUAACUUUUUCGCCAUGCCAGGCAUUGUUGGAGAAAUAUCGAACCAUCCAGAGCACAGGCUUCCUGGCUUCCAAAUACACUGGUUAUAAUUCUGGGGAUCCCAAGCAAGCAAUGUCUGAGGGGCCUUCCAGUCCUUGGACCCAGCUCGCCCAGCCCCUGGGACCACCUUGCCAAGAUGCAGUGCCAGCCCACUACCCCCUGCCUCCGCCAGCACAGGCCUUGCCCUGUCCUCCAUCUUGCCGUCACCCGGAGAAACAGGGAAGCUAUGGCUCUCUGCUCCCACUGCCACCUGUAGGUGCCCACAAGGGGGCUUCGUACCAAACUGGUGGGCUGGGCAGCCCCUACCUGAGGCAACAGCCAUCCCAGAACCCCUACAUGCCCUCUGGGGUAGAUACUUAUUCCUACUCCCCUGCACCCCUCCCGGCACCCUCACCAGGACUCAAGCUGGACCCCCCUCUUGCUCCAAGGUGCCCGCUGGACUUUGUCCCUCCAACUCUGGGUUUUCCUUAUGCCAGGGAUGAUCUCUCUCUGUAUGGGGCAUCCCCAGGGCUUGGGGGAACACCACCUUCCCAUUCCCAGAACAGUGUGCAGCCUGUGCCACAGCCCAGUGCCUUCCAGCGAACAUGCCAGCCUUUGCCAGCCAGCCAGUCAUGCUCUGAGCCUGUGAGACCUGCAGAGAAGCCAACACCGGAAGCUCAAGAGAAGAUGUGGCUGCCCAGCUGCAGGAAAGAGAAACUCCAGCCCAGGCCCAGUGAGCGUCCAGGGGUACCUAUUGUCAUCCGAGACAGUCCAGUUCCCCGCACCUCACCAGCAUUGCAUCCUUGUGCCAAGGAGCGCCAGUCUCUUCCACAGAAGGGUGUCAAGCCUCCCAGCUCUCCACCAAUGCCUGUGAUUGACAAUGUUUUCAGUCUGGCCCCUUACCGUGACUACUUGGAUGUGCAGACACCCGAGCCCACAGCUGAGCAGGAUACUGCUGCAGCCACCAGUAAGAGCCAAGACAAAGAUUGCAAGGAGACCUUACCUGUGCAGGAUGGAACCGCCAGGUCUCACUCCUCUCUUCGUGAGGAGGUGGCUCUGGACUUGAGUGUGAAGAAGUCUGUGGCAGAGGCUGUCCCUGUCAAAGUCCCUAGUCCUGAGGGGCAUAAGCCCACUGAAGCUGUGGACAGGCCAGGUAUGGAAAAUACAGUGUCGGGUCUGCCAGGCCUAAAAAAGAUGGUCACAGAAAUAGCUGAAGUGACUACAGAAGCCACACCAAGGACCAACUUCCAUAGCUCUGUGGCUUUCAUGUUUCGAAAAUUCAAGAUACUCCGUCCUGCACCCUUAUCUGCAGCUGUUGUCCCCACCGCACCCACCCCAGCUCCUGCCCCUGCCCAGCCUGCACCCAACCCCUCACCUGUGCCCGUGGGACUGCAGAUUCUCACUCAGCCUUUGCCAGUGGCGUGCUUCAACCUGGCCCUGCCUAGCCCACCAGCCAUAGCGGUAGCCUCCCCGGCCCCAGCCUCUGCUCCAGCGCCAUCACCAGCUCCCGCUUCUGCUCCAGCCUCAGGCCCUGCUCCAGUCUCUGCGCAAGUUUCCACUGCAGCUCCAGCCGACUCCCCAGAACAGCACUUUACAGGGCUGCACACGUCCCUCUGUGAUGCCAUCUCAGGCUCAGUGGCCCACUCUCCACCAGAGAAGUUGCGUGAGUGGCUGGAGACAACUGGGCCGUGGGGCCAGGCUGCGUGGCAGGACUGCCAGGGUGUGCAGGGCCUGCUGGGCAAGCUGCUGUCCCAGCUGCAGAAGUUCGUGUGCACACAGCAGUGCCCCUUCCCUCACGUGGUGCGGGCUGGUGCCAUCUUUGUGCCCAUCCAUCUGGUAAAGGAGCGUCUCUUUCCAAAGCUGCCACCCGCCUCCGUGGACCAUGUGCUGCAGGAGCACCGCGUGGAGCUACGGCCCACUACUCUGUCAGAGGAGCGUGCGCUUCGGGAGCGUGCCCUGCACGGCUGCACCUCGCGCAUGCUGAAGCUGCUGGCGCUGCGCCAGCUGCCUGACAUCUACCCUGACCUGCUGGGCCUGCAGUGGCAUGACUGUGUGCGCCGCCAGCUGGGUCGCUUUGACAUGGAGGCCAGAACUUUAUCCCCAUCAGAACCCACCGUGACCAGAGAUGAGCCAGAAAGCCAACAAGCCCUGGCUAGGAAGUCACCAGCCCCCAAGGUCAAGAAGCCAGGGAGGAAACCACCAACACCUGGCCCUGAGAAAGCAGAGACAACCACUGAUCCUUCACCUCCCCCUGGUUCCAGUACCAGCCCACCGGGCCCCACCCUGAGGGCACGCUUCCGCAGCUUGUUGGAAAACGCCUGGCUCAAUGGUGUGGCACUUCCUACUUGGGGCCACAAGGCUUCAGGACCAGACCGGCCUUCGCCUCACCCCCAGCUUCUGGGCAGCCAGAACCAUCAUCUGUAGCCCUGGUUGCUAGGGCUGUUGGGACAACCAACCAUCUGGGGACCACUGUGUGCCUGUCCUGACAUCCAGCUGCCCAGGGCUAGGAGUGUAUAUGAGGGCUGGGCCCACCUACCUGGGCAGAGACUUCCUGACCUUUUGACUUGAGGUCUUUGUUAGAAAGGAUUCCUUCCCUUUAGAAAACCCUGGGCAUUGGAGCCAGUCUGACCUGGCUUUGGAUCCUGGCUGCUGUGUUCCUUGUUGCGUGUCCUGGGCAAACACGUCACCUCUCACGAGUCCUUGUUCCCCGUUUGUAGAAUAAGACAACACAGCCUACCUCACAAAGGUUGUUGUGGGGAUGGUGUCUGGCAUACACCUGUUAUGCUUUGGUUCGCUUCCUGUCCAGGACAGGCCUUUGACAGGCUGUAGAAUAAUGAGACUGAGGCUGGCAGAAGCUUCUUGUCAAGUCUUCAUGCGUCUUGGGACCUGGUUACCUUAAAGUACCUAUGUGUAUGGUUCACACACAUUUCCCCCGUCCCCUGCUGGUGCAGGGACCUGGCCUGGCACUGGCCUGAAGACCCUCUGUCUGCUCUGGAUUCAUAUCAGCAACCUACCUGGGUUGCAUCUCACACCCCAGUAGGGUUGUGUAGCAUUGUAUUCUAGAGCCAAGCAGCUCCAGGGAUGAUCCAGCAGGCUGUGUGAGUUCAAUGCUGGGAGGUGUCUGGAGGUCUGGACUGGGCACUCUUGGCAUUUCCAAGAGUGCUCUUGAGGCUACUUCCCUGCAGUGGCUGGCAAGAUGGGGCUCCUGCCUUGUUUAACGGUGUUGAUGAGAAUGGCCCUGGGGGCCAGCUAUUAAAGAGCAUUUGGGCUGUUUUUAGAA